AUGGGGAACUUCACUACUUUAAAAUUCUUUAUUCUUUCCGGGCUGCAGGACUCAGGAGUUUACAAGCCUCUUUACUUCUUGUUGGUGUUUGUCCUUUACAUCCUCAUUAUUGUAGUCAACUUAACUUUGAUCUUUAUUGUGGCAUUGGAUAAAAGCCUCCAUGAGCCCAUGUACAUUUUCAUCUGUAAUCUGUGUGCUAAUGGACUCUACGGGACUGUUGGUUUUUACCCCAAAUUUUUGCUGGAUUUGCAAUCUGAUGUUCACAUGAUAAGCUACAGAUGGUGCUUGAUUCAAACAUAUGUCAUUUACAGCUCUGCACUGUGUGAAAUGACAGUUUUAACAGUGAUGUCUUAUGAUCGCUAUGUGGCCAUUUGCAGACCACUACAAUACCACAGCAUACUGACUCCACGUGCUGUGAUAAAGUUGCUUGUAUUAGCCUGGACCUGUCCUCUUUUGGCAAAAGCAAUAGGUAUGCUCCUUACUUCUAGGUUACCGAUUUGUGGAUCUUACAUCUCUAAACUAUUCUGUGACAAUCCAUCAAUACUAAAGUUGGGAUGUUAUCAAGCCAUAGCCAACCAAGUAUGGAGUAUGAUGGCAAUUGCAGUUUAUCUAGUACAGUUAGUUUUCAUUUUAAUUUCUUAUGCUAAUAUUAUCCAUGUUUGUAUAUCAUUCAGCGACGGUAGAACAAAGUUCAGUAAAACUUGUGUGCCUCAUAUUGUAGUUAUGGUAAUCUAUAUAAUGACAGCAUUGUUUGAUGUAUUUUACAGCUGGGAUGGUUCAGUAAAUCUUCCAGUUGAUGUGCGUAAUGCAUUGGCUGUACAAUUUCUGAUUCUUCCUCCACUACUGAACCCAAUAAUAUAUGGCCAACAACUUCCACAGAUUCGAAAAGUACUACGCAGACAAAGUCGCAAACAAAAAAUUGUUUGUUAUCUUAGAAAUAAUGGAUGA